GAUUUUAUUGGAUUUGGAUUAUCAAUCGGAAAAUCAAAAAGUGAAAAUCUUAAAGAUGAAAUUAACUCAACUUAUAAAUAUACAGAAAUUGGCAAAGCAACGUUGAAAUUUAGUAAAGAAAAUUUAAAUUUUAAAAAUGAUGUCAAACAUGCCAUAGAAUCUAAAGAGCCUAGACAAUUCUUUGAAAUUAUUGAGAAAUAUGGUCAUUUUAUUCCAACUGAAAUUAUUUUGGGUGGAAGAGUUUAUUUUAAAGGCGUCAGAUCAUCAUCUAAAAGAUCUACAAAUAAAUCUAAGGAAGGGUCCGUGAACGUGAAUAUUGUAUCUUCGAAUGCAAAAAUAGGAGGUGAUUCUGGCGACUCAAAUAAAAAAUCAAAUUUCCACAGCUCUGAUCGUAUGAGAUUACUUGGAGGAAAGCAUCCUGCUGGUGAAAAAUUCGAUGAAAAAGCUUGGAUUGAAUCUUUAGAAGAUUAUCAAACUUGGGAUUGCAUAGAAUUUAAAGAUCCAACGUAUUUAAAUCUAUUGGAAAAAGAAUCCUUUAUACGACGAAUAUUGAAGAUCAAUAUUAUUAUUUAA